AGGCGGCGCGGCGCAGGGGCCGCCCGAGCGGGCCGCGCCGCCGUGACCCUCCUCCCCGCCCCCUCGCCCGGCUCGCCCGGCUAUAAAGGAGGGUUUUAUUCUCGGGCUCCGGUCUCACGCCAAACCCUGUCACACCGUCUAGACAAGCUGUCGUGGGGCUCAGCCCAGCUGUCACCAUGGCGAUGGAGACGAGUCCGCUGUGAAUUUUGGGGGGAGAGCGCGAGAGAGCGAGCGCCGAGGAGGAGGAGGAGGAGGAGGAGGAGGAAGGCUCGGCCGCCGCCGUGCCCUGCCCAGCCGCCGCCCGCGGGGGAGGCACGGACCCCCCGGCGCUCUCGGCCCCGGCUGGAGCCGGCCCGGCGGGGAGCCCCGGGGAGCGAGCCCGGGCCGCGGGAGCGGAGGGAGCCUCAGAUGCGUCUGUCACACAACCCCGGCCGAGCUAUUUAAAGUAACGGGCCUCGCCGGACUUUGUCUCUGCCUAUUUAUGAAUCCCCGGGAGUUGGCAGGCGCCGCCGGGCAGCGCUAGGAGCCGAGCCCGCAGCGCCAGCCCCGCGGGGAAGCCAGCGCCGAGCCGAGGGCGGCGGGUGCCGGCCGGGCCGGGCCGGGCCCGCCCGGAGCAUGACGGCGAUCCGGGCCCUCCUGCUCUGCUCCUGCCUGGGGCUGCUGCGGCCGGGCUGGGGCCAGCCCUUCCUGCGGCUCCGGCCCUCGCCCAGCGACAACCUGCCCGUCAAAGACAUCGUGGAGCACCCGGACCCCGAGUACGACCCCAAGGAGCAGGACCUGGACGAGCGGACUUUACGGAAGAAGCUGGGCAGCCAUUUCGACCCCGGCUUCAUGGCCGUGGCGGUGCCGGGCCCGGCGAACGCCUCGGGCGCCGAGGCGGCGGCGGCGGCGGCGGCGGCGGCGGGGCGGGCGCGGGCGGCGCCGCUGCCCGCGGAGCUGCGGCGGCUGGAGCUGGGCGCGCCGCCCCACGGGCCGCGCCUCAAGGUGGGCAAGAAGGCGCGGCGGAAGGUGCUGCAGUGGCUCUGGGCGUACACCUACUGCCCCGUGCUCUACACCUGGAAGGACCUGGGCGUCCGCUUCUGGCCGCGCUACAUCAAGGAGGGCAACUGCUUCGCGGAGAAGUCCUGCUCCUUCCCCGAGGGCAUGUUCUGCAAGCCCGUCAAGUCCGUCACCAAGACCUUCCUGCGCUGGCACUGCCAGGGCUGGUCCAGCCAGAAGUACUGCACCUGGAUCCCCGUGCAGUACCCGCUCAUCUCCGAGUGCAAGUGCUCCUGCUAGCCGGGGCCUCGCCGCCCCGGCCCCGGCCCCGGCCCCGGCCCCGCGGCCGCCCCACCGGCGGGCGGCUCCGCGGCCGCCCCGCGCCUCCCGCCGCGGACACCGGCACCGCCGCCCAGGCACUGCCCGCCCGCCCGCCUCCCCUCGGCCCCUUGCACUGGCUUCUUUUUUCGUUUGGAUUUUUUUUCCCCCCGGAGGGGGCGGGGGGAACCAUUUUUUGACUUAUUUUAAUGUUAUUUUAUUUGAAAGGGGAAAAGCGAACCCAGGAACUGCAGGGCAGGCCAAAGGCACAGUAAAGCACUACAAUCAGAUGUCUAUUUUUAUACGUAUAUAGCCUUCUAACAAAAGGAAAAUAAAAAAAUUAAAAAAAAAUUACCAGCCGUGUAAAUAGAGAGAUUUUAAAGGAAAGGGGGGAAAUUGCAGCUGUUUUUUAUUAUUAUUAUAAUUAUUAUUGUUAUUAUUAUUAUUUUAAAGACAUAGGACCACAUUUUAAACCCGUCCCCACAGAACCUGUGCGCUUCCCUGCAGAAGGGAAGGGCAGAAAUUUCCUGUAAAGAUGAUUUUAACAAAAGGAAAAGGAGGGGAAAAAAAGAAAGAACGGCAGCAUGCCUGAAGAUGAUUGUUUCUCUGUGCUGUUUUUUUUUUUUUUUUUUUUGUCUUCUUCAGACCUUGUCACUGAUGUUUGAACUAAUUCACCAUGCUCUUGGGUUUUUUAAAGUGUAUAACAAUUAAUUAAGGAGGAAAUUUUAAAGAAAAGUACAAAUCUAUGAAAGAGUGGAAUCGUUUUGUUGUGUGGGAAUACAUAUAGUCUUGUAGAGAUGUUAAAGGAAAUUUUCUGUGUACAGUUUAUUUAUUUUUAACAUUUGUGUAUAGGAAAAAAGCUAGAGAUUAUGCCAGAAACUAUUGGAAAUGUUUACUUGAAUAUUCCUUUAAAAACAUAUCAAUGUAAAUAUGAGCUAUCACUGAUCAAAACAUUUUUAGCAAUAAACUCUAUCUUUGAAGAAAAACUCUGUGCUGCACCCCGGCUCCCUGGGAGACCAGCGGAGUCGAAUUCUUGCUCAGAGCAGGUGAUGAGGAAAGUGCUUUGGCUGGGCCAAGCUGGUGUAAAUCAGUGAGACGCCCUGGAAGCUCGCAGAGCUCCGCUAGUUUACACCUCUUGGGGAUGCCGCUCCGGGUUUUCUUCCUGCUGGGGAGAAAAAAACAGGAGAGAAAUGGCUCCUAAGGCAUAAAAGAGCAGAAACGUCUUGGACAGGAGGUGUCAUCUGAAAUCCCUGGGAGAUUCUUGCUUCGUGCAGCCCUUCCAGUGCUCUCCCAUGCUCUGCAGCUCCUGGAUUCAGCUCUCCCACUGGCAGAGGCAGCGGUAGAGGUCACCGCCCCAGCCGACACAGCUCGGCAGCCCCAUGUGUCAGAACAAACGUUUUUCCCGUCUGCGGUCACUAGCACAGGAGGGAAGGAUGGAGAAGAGUCCUGUGCCCUGUGUCCACGCUGCUGAGAAGGAGCCCCAGGGCUGGCAUCUCUGCCCUGCAGCGUAGCUGCGUGUGUGCUGGGCUCAGGAGGAAGCGCUGAUCAUGCAGCAGUGCCGAGUGCCACCGGCUUUGAACCCCUGCUCACCGGGGCUGGUUGGGGCCCCUGCUCUCCUGCUGGAGCUCAUCUGAGCAAAAGGUAAGGGAGAGCGCUGCGGAGGCGUACACAGCACCUCCUCGGCAGCAGCUUGGACAGCUGAGCAAGGACAUGCUCCUGGGAGCUGUCUGGAGCGAGCAGGCUUGGGAGGAGCUCGGCACUUGUGAGCUUGUGACAGUGCAAACCUGCUCCCAGUGGAGGUCUGUCUAGGGCUUGGACCAGGGCCCUGAAAAGCUGCCAGACCGUCUCCCUCCUUGCUCUGCGUGGGCUGCUGGUGGUGCGGGGAAGGUCUGGCUGUUCUCUUCAGCGUCUGAAAUGUGCCCGGCAUCCCCGAGGAACAAACUGCUGCUGGAGGCCCUUGCCAACGAGGAGCAACACUCCUGCGCUCCCCCAGCCGUGAACGGAGCAGCAGGGAGAGCCCCAUCUCCCUCCGGCUCAGCGCAUGCAGUGGGGACCAGGCGAGAGCAGGCCCGGAGCAGAGCCCGCAGGAGGCCACGGGAAGGCGGAGGGAGCCUUCAAAGGGUUUGGCUCGGGUCCAUCCGGCUCGGAGGGAACAAUGGCAUGUGGCUUCUUCCGAGGGAACAGAGGUCCAGUGAGCCUGCCUGGAGCAAGCGAGGCCUGCAGAGACUACAGGUCACAACCAGAAAGAGGCAGGCCAAAACAAGGAGAGGGCUUUUUUUAACAGGCAGGGAAGUGCAGCUUCAUGGGGAGAGAAAGGUAAGGAAGGCACUAACGUCCAGCACUUGAUGCCUCCAAAGAGCUUUGUAGCCAUCAGCUCACCCCUGUGAGAGGAAGCAGGUUGGCCUUUUUGUGCGUUUGCCAGUGAGGGAGCGGGGAAGGGGGGACAUGGAGGGCAGGGUGGAAAAUAAACCUCGCUAAGGCAAUGUGCAAAACAUCAGGGGCAUUUGGGAGAGGAAGGGGAAAGCUCAUUUUGCAAGAGGAACAACAUCUGUGGUGUGGGGGCUGAACAUCUGUAGGAGGGAGCAUGGGGGGAGGGCAUUCUGGGAAAAUAUUUCUGACAUAAUCCCAACAGUAUCUGGUGUGUUGAGAUUUGGUUACAAAUGGCCCUCUAACGUCUUUGUGCGUUUUGUUCUGCUGGUUCCAGGGGCACACAGAGACCCCUGCUUUGUGCUAACCUGGGAAAUAAACCAUUCCCUGGA